UCUCUCUCUCUCUCUCGCUUGAGGUUGAAGAUGAUGACAACAGUAGGAUUUGCUCAAUCGAAUUCUUUUCUUCUUUCUUUCAAAGGUCAAUCUAUAGAAAUGAAAAAAUCAUGGCGAGCCAAAUGGGUCACUUCUUCUUUUUCUCAUCUUCGUGCAUCUCCAUUAUCGUCCUCUUCCGUUGAGUCAUUUCAUCGAACAGAAGAUAUUGGCAAGGAGGUUCGCCAUGGUAUUAGUGAAGAAAGCAGGAAGAAAAAGAAAAGGGUCUUCUUCUUGGAUGUAAGUCCACUGUGCUACGAAGGAAACAAACCAAGCUCGCACGCUUUUGGUCACUGGCUUGCACUCUUCUUCUCUCAAGUCAGCUUCACCGAUCCUGUCAUAGCUGUUCUUGAUGGAGAAGAAGGUAACAAGCAACGCCGAGAGUUAUUGCCUUCAUAUAAAGCGCAUAGGAAAUCACCAAAUCCUGGGACAUUCUCCACAAGGCCACACCAAUUCGUCGAAGAAGUUCUUAGAAACUGCAAUGUUCCAGUUGUUAGAAUACAAGGACAUGAAGCAGACGACGUGGUGGCUACACUUAUGGAACAAGCCGUGCAAAGAGGAUACCGUGCGGUUAUUGCAUCGCCUGACAAAGACUUCAAGCAGUUGAUCUCAGAGAAUGUUCAGAUUGUCAUUCCAUUGGCUGAUCUCAGAAGAUGGUCUUUUUAUACAUUGAAACACUACCUUGCUCAGUAUAACUGUGAUCCACAGUCUGAUUUGAGCUUUCGAUGUAUAAUGGGUGAUGAGGUGGAUGGAGUUCCAGGGAUUCAGCAUGUUGUCCCGGCUUUUGGAAAGAAAACAGCGAUGAAACUUGUGAGAAAGCAUGGUUCUCUGGAGAGUCUACUGAGCGCGGCAGCUGUCAGAACUGUGGGAAGACCAUAUGCUCAAGAAGCCCUUACGAAAUACGCAGAUUACUUGAGAAGAAACUAUCAAGUUCUUGCCUUGAAAAGAGAUGUGAGGGUACAGAUUCAAGAAGAAUGGCUCGUGGAAAGAGACGCAAGCAAUGAUUCAGAAGUACUGUCAAGCUUCUUCUCAACCUUGCGUGGAUGAUUCUGAGAAAGCUAUAGCACACCAACACUUCUUGGUGUUAACCAUUCAAUGGAUCGACUCAAGAACUGAUGCUAGCUUAGCAGCUCACCUUAUGUUAAAAUUGCAAGUUCACAGUGUACUUCCUUCCAUAUAUGUGAAUCUACCUAUAUAUCAAAUUGGUUGGUAUUAUUACAUAAAGAUGAAGGAGAGGUCA